UGUUUUUCGGCUACGAAUGGACAACCACAUAUUGGUCCCAUUUUACCCAAAAACUCACAGGGACCCUCUGGAUACCAGUUAAUUUGUUGAUCUCUAGAGCAAUUAUGUUGUGGAUUUUUCUACUGCAGCUCGUCAACAGCAUUAAGGGUUUGUCUGGAGCUGAACAUGAGACUCUGUGCACUUCUAACGCCUGCUUCACCCUACAUUUGGACAGGGUGAGCUUUGCAAAGGCCAGCAACGACUGUGUCCACAAUGGAGGUAAUCUGAUGACAAUCAGAGACAGAGAAGAAGAGGAUGUCCUGCGCUCACUUCUCACACAGACUCAAGGACGACAUCAGGACAGGGCACUAAAAUUUUGGAUUGGGUUAAAACUGAGCAGAGGAACCUGCGUGUUGGCUGACAAGACUCUCCAGGGGUUUGAGUGGAUAUCUGGGGAGAGAGAUUCCCACUACUCCAAUUGGGGAAAAGAACCUGACCCCACCUGCACAGAGGACAGAUGCGUAAGGGUUCAUUACACAUUAGGUCAGAAUCAACUCAAAUGGACUGCUGGAGGAUGCAAAAGCCCUGCUUUUUAUGCAUGUAAGUUUUAUUUUAAGGGAAUGUGCAAACCUCUGGCCCUCCUGGGGCCUGGACAAAUAACCUACACAGCACCCUUCUCAGAAAAGCCAGAAAGUAGUGAAAUGAAAUCAUGUCCACUGGGAACAUAUGUCAAUAUUGUAUGUAGUGACGAACAGUCUCAUUUCUCUUUGUGCAAAGAGGUGGACGGUACCUAUAGGUGGACAGACCCUGGUCCAUUUUGCAAAACAGGAAAGCAAAAUUGCACUAUCAACAAAGGUGGAUGCAAACAUUUGUGCCAUCAGCACAGAGAUGAAGUUCAAUGCUUUUGCAGAGAAGGUUAUGACCUGGAUGAGGAUGGAGUCUCUUGCAGGAUAAAAGACUUGUGCAACGUUGACACCUGUGAGCAUAAGUGCGUAAUGGGGGAGUCAGGUUAUUCAUGCAAAUGUCCACAUGGGUUCAAACUGGACGAAAACCAGCACAACUGCUCGGACAUUGAUGAGUGCCAGUCACAAGCCUGUGAGGAUCAUUUUUGUGUAAAUACGCACGGCAGUUACAUGUGCACAUGUAAAGACGGCUACAAACUGAUCCAUGGUAUAUGCAGUGACGUGGAUGAGUGUGCACAAUCAAGAUGUGAGCACAUCUGCUUAAACACUAUUGGAUCCUUCUUCUGUUCCUGCAAUGAAGGCUUCACUUUAUCCCAGGAUGGCCACACAUGUGUAGACAUAAAUGAAUGCAUCAAUAAACACUGUCAGUUCACAUGCAACAAUACUGUAGGCAGCUUCGCGUGCUUGUGCCCGCAGGGCUUCCAUCUGGAGACUGAUGGAACAAGUUGUGCUCCAGAUGUGACAGAAACAGCAGCUACUUCACCAAAUGACCCAGCUGAGAACGAAACACAGGAGAACUUGACUGAGUCCUUAACCAGAACCACAGUUGAGCUCCAGCACCAGUCCCCUCACACUGACCCACCACUUCCAGACCUGGUGAAUGUCACGCACAGGGUUCAGGGGAGCAACACAUCCUCAGCAACAGGUUUUGUCAAGACUGUCAAUUCCGGGUUAAUGAUCUGCAUCCUUGGUUCAGUCAUUCCUCUGCUCGUGUUGGCUGCAGUGACUUUGGCUAUUGCAGUGUUUCGAUGCAGUCGCUCCAAAAAAGAAGCCAAGAAAAACACCACUACUGACGGCUACUGUUGGGUGUCCUCUGGUCUGGAUCCACGUUUAGAAAAACUAUACGAGUCCAUCUUGACUGAUGAUCUAUGACCUGAUGGUUAAGGAGAAGACUACAUGGAUUAUGUUUAUUUAUCUAAUUUAUGUUUUUUCAACCUCUGUAGGUUAGGCUAUGUGCUGUUAUCAAAUUAAUACACAUCAAAUCAAAAAUCUGAAAAAGACUUUAUUGUUGAUCAGACGAUUUGUGUUUGAUGUGGCUCACAUAUAAAAAAAAAAAAGACGUAGUACCUGUAUAGAGCAGAAACAUAAAAAAAAGAAAGGUAUUGUUAAGUCUUGUUAUGAAGGGGGGUGGGGGCCUCUGUAUGAUGAGGGUGACUGUGUGUAGAGAGCUGAUUGUUUGGUUUUGGUGGUGCAUGUUAUUUUCGUGGCUGGUUAAAGCUGAGAGGAAGUUGGACCAGGAUGUACUGUUCAAAAGUGAGCAUAUCAAUGUUAAGAUCAACCUUCGUUUGUAAUUUGUCUUGUCAUAACUGGCCACAUUUUCUGCUAUUUUACCAAUAGCCAAAUUACCAACUGAGUAAUGUAUGUACUGUCCUGUUCGCUAACCCUGUGAUCACCUCCUGGCCCAAGAACAUGUUGUCUUUACUGCAUUAUUCCAACUUUUAAUAUCAUAAAGCAGUGGUGGAAGCAUUAUUCUGAACUUUUUCUAAAAGUAGCAACUGUAAAAAUACAAGUAUUAACAAAAAAGCACUUAAAGUAUUAAAAAUAAAAGUGCUUGUUAGCAGUUAUUCCCCUCUCGUUGUUAUAUUGUUAUAUGAUUGGACCAUUAUCAUUGAUGCAUUAACAUGUUGGUACUUUAAUGCUUUAGCUGGUUGAGCUAAUGAAGCUAAUUUGAACUGCUUCAUAUACUGCUGAGCAGGUUCAUCUAUAACAAUGCAUCACAUUUUAUCAAAUGUGUUUGGAAAAUCUUGACAUAAAAAUGAAUUGGUAACACUAGCUGUUUAAUAAAUAAAUAAAAAUAAGUAAAAAGUACAAUAUUUGAAUCUUAAAUGUAGGAAAGAGCAAAGUAGUAUAAAAUGGAAAUAUUCAAGUAAAGUACCUCAGACUUAAAAACAGCACUUAUGUAAAUGUUUCCACCACUGCUAGAUAAAUGUAUUUGUACACAAAACCACUUGAACACAUUUUACUUCCUGGAAGGAGUUUGCACAUCAGAUUAUGCUGUUGUAAAUAUGAUGAAAUGAUUAAUACAUGUACACCAGAGAAUCAAGAUAAAGCCAUGCUUUAUGUUACAUGUGAAAACAAAAUAAAUAGUUUGUUCUGAAACAUGAAUAUGUUCUUG